CAUCUUGUGACGGCACACCGAUCAAGUACGUAAAAACACCCCCGAAUCCGUGGUUCUAACGCGAAAUUAAUUCGCGUACGCAGUCAAGAAACGUACGGCAGUGUGUUCCUGGUGCGUACUACUAACCAGAUAUCACGUGCAUCCUACAACUAUUAAAAUACACGGAACGGUCCGUUUCGAAAUUAAAACACACGGAGUUUUAAUUGUUUUUUUCGUUUAAUCGGUGCCAUUAUUAUUUAUUAUUUUGUGUGCGUACGUUGUUUUUGUGCGGAGUGCAGUUCACGACGUCGUCUUCCAGCCGGCGGCCGUCCGAGGAGGAGGAGGAGGAAGUAGGAGAGUUCGGAUUUUAGGGAUCCCGAUUUUAUGUUGUUUUGUUCGUAAGAGAACAUGGAAAACCAUUGAUAAUUAAGAAAAAUUGGAUUCGUACAUCUUUCUAAUGAAUCCUAUUAAUUCGUCCAGGAUUAUUCCUCCAUCAAAAUCCAACAACGUGAUUGUAUUAAGAAUGUAAUGCGCUAAAAUGGGCUGAACUAAUUGUUUAAACGGACAAUACUAAACUAAAUACAGUAUUGUGGGGUGGAGAUGGAUAAAGAAAAUGGAAAGAGCAACGAAAGUAGUUCUGGUUCCACCAAGGCAUCAAACACUCAAGAUCCUUCAUCGUUACUCGACGCUGCUAGUCUAUUCGCGUAUUGGCCAAGGGGAGACGCCGCUAACGCGGCCAACGCCGCAAACCUCUUCGCCGCGGCCGGCGGCGGUUUCGGUUUGCCACCGCAUCCGUCCCUGCCGUUCGGGAUGCUGCCUCCGAGUGGUGGCGGCGGCCGAGGGGGCAGUAUGUCUUCGUUGUCGGCUUCCUCGAGUGCCGCGGCGGCCGCCUACAACAACGCCUACACGAACACGCUGUCCGUGGCGGCCAGCCAGGCCGCCAGCCUAGGCAUACCUGCUGCCAGUGCAGCCUGGUGGUCCAUGGCAUCUCAUCUGGCCGCACAAGAUUACCUCGCUCGUUUGCAAGCCUCUGGCAUGAACUUUCCCUCACUAGGUAAUCCAAGUGAUUUACAAUACUCAUCUCUGGGCCUCCCAUCAUUGUCCUCCCAUCACAAAUCAUCGAAAAAUUCGAAGAGUUCUUCACUGUCCAGAUCGCAGGGACACUCAAAGGACAAACUGGCAUCUAUGUCAAAGGUGGAUAGCAGGAUCGAACAAUCACUGAAAGCCACUUCAGUGCAAAACAGUAAAUCUGGAGGCUCUGGAAGUCAAAAAUACUCAAACUCUGGGUUGUCCAUACAACCCAGCAUGAAGUUACCUAGCAGCAAUGCCAGUGGUGAUAGGAAACAGUCAUCGAAAAACAGUGAUCUGAGUUAUAUGAAGCAUUUAGACAAGCCGAAAAGUUCUAGUGCCUCAUCUGGAGUUAAAGUUUCUUCUCAGCCUGCACCCAGCAUAUUUACAAGUCCAUUAACUUUGGCCAGUAAUUCAGACAAGAAUAGUCCUAAUUCAAAUAGUACUCAAAAUUCUGUGAAUAGUAGUAGUAUUGCCAGUUUACCUUCUAGUAUAUUAAGUGAUCCAAAUUCCAUAUUGGGUGGCGUUAGAUUACCGCCCGACACGGAAAUAAUCAAAUACACAUCAUCCAUUGUGGGUCCUAAGAUUCCAGGUACAACGAACCGUGGCAGAAAGAAGACGAUUUCUUUGGAUCCUCCAGUGGAUCAAGAUGGGCUCACACCGCCUUCGACACCGUCAGGUGACCGUGUGGAAGUUAUCAAAUUGCCGGCCACAAAUGGCAGUCCAUCCUCAAUGUUCAACAGUUCGGGGGGAUCGGACGCUACGGGCGGCGACUAUCCACUUAAUCUGUCAUUGAAGCCGAGUACGGCCGUCUCCACCGCCAGCGGCAGUUCCUCUUUGAACUCGCUUAGCAAUAUGUCAGCCAAUAUCGGUGUCGAUCGUAUAUCUCGACGAAAACCUGGUCCCAAGCCACGCCGCGUCGUACCAUCGGGCAGUCAGUUACCCCCGGCCGCUCCUAGCGCCUCUUUGGCCCAACUAUUUGCCCAGGCCGACUCCCCUCGUCCGCCCAGUCGUAACGAAGGCUCGGACGGCGGCAGCUCCACAUCCUCCACCUGUGCCGGCGGCAGUGCCUCAACCAUGACGUCAAUGUCCGCCAAUCACAAAGAAGGUAGACCUAGAAAUUUGGGCAGAGGCGUGAGCAAACCGAAGAAAAACACCGUGGCAUCGUUGCUGGCUCAGAGCAGGGCGUUGGGUAUUAAGCCGGGUCCGAUGUUGGAUCCUAACGCGUCCAUGAACCAGCAGAUGAACGUUCUGAAAUCGAACAUACUGGCUGCGCAGCAAUACAUUUCCGAAGCCGGUGGCGACGAGAAAGCCUUAAAUAAAUUCCUUCAGGAAAAGUUCAGAGGCACUUUAAGUGAUUCUAGCACCGUAGACGCUUCCACCGACUCCGAUAACUUGACCGAUUCCAAUCAUACUGAUUCCGAAAUGGAAUCCGAAGUGGCUGCCAAAAAGCAAAAACAGUACGAUGAAAGGUUACUGCGAGUGCCGCUAGAGUUAGGUUGGAAACGAGAAACCGUCAUCAGAGGUUUGACGAAGAACGGCGGAAUUAAAGGCGACGUGACUUAUGUAGCCCCUGAUUCUUCCAACAAGUUCAAACAGAUGUCUGACAUCACCCAGUACUUGGAGUACCAAAAGAACGGUGAAUUGUCGCGUGACAAUUUCACGUUUAGCUGUCGAGUAAUUUUGGGUGAUUAUUUACAACCUGUACCGCCUGAAAUGGCAACGGAUGGAAGUGAAUUUAUCCAUCUUUCUGAAGAAGAUGUUAAUAGAAGGUUGGAAGAACUAAAGAUGGCUAUGCGUACAAGUCUGCCAGUCGAACAACGAAUUGAAAUGGCUAGAAAACAACAAGCAGCCAGAGCUGCGGCGAGGUUGGACCGGGAACAAGCCCGUUUGGCUAAGGAAAUUGAAAGAACUGAACGACAAGAGGCCGCACGCAGAGACAGGGAAGCAAGAUCCCAACAAAUGCUCGAGGGUCGCAAACGGCUAGCGUUCACACUCGAACAGAAAAUGCAAAUAAUAUCAGAAAUCGAGGCCGGCAAACUGAAAUCGGAUGUAUCUCGCGAACUGGGGUUGGCCAGUUCUACUGUGGCCACCAUAUGGAAGAACCGUGACAACAUUUUAAACGCUUAUAGCACCGAAAAUAUAGAACUACAACAAAACGGCCAUUUUGCCACUAGUAAUGCCAUAUCUAUACCAAAUAUAACAAUGGCCAAAAGAAAGCGCCAGGAAGAGCUCGAAAAACACAGACUUGAAGAACAGCAAAGAAAACAACAGGAGAGAGAACUCAAAAGACAACAGGCAGCCAUACUAAAAGAACAAAUGUACAUACAGGAGAUCAGUAAACAACGAGAAAUACUCUACACUGUUGAGUUGGAAAGAGAACGCCGCCGCCAACAUAUGGCCCUAGUGAAGGCACUUGAAAACAGAAGAAAAUUGGAAGAAAGGGAACGCAAAAAGCAACAGCUUUUGGCCGAGAAGCAGGCCAACAAAGAAAAGAAAAAGGAACAAAGAAAAAUUGAAUUGGAAAUUCUUAACGAAAUUCGUAAACCAUGCGAGGACUUGGAACUGGAUCAAAAACCUUUGCCAGAAUUCGAUAGAAUUCCGAAUAUGAAAAUGCCAGGCAAAGCGUUCGCCGACAUCCUUAUGGUGUUCGAAUUUUUGCAUAACUUUGGCGAGACUUUAGGAUUUGAUAUGGAAUCUUUGCCAACUCUCGAUUCGUUGCAACAAGCCUUAUUGCCACAUGACAACUCGUUGGAUGCAGAAGAAGAACUCUUCUCAGUAAUGACCCAUCUGUUGGUUUGUGCUAUCGAAGAUCCUGGUAUUCCUAAUCCCGCAAGGCACACCACGAUCUUGGGCCAAAGCUUACGACAGGCUGACAUAACGCAUCAAAAUUUGUCGGAAAUUCUCAGAAUUUACCUGUACGCUAACGCAACCGGUGAAGUGAAGGCCCUUACAGGUGUCCAUUUUGAGAGAGAUCGCGAAAAAAGAAUAGCUGACCAUCAUCAAAACGACAACGAAAUGCAGCAGACUCAAGUGGGAAAGAAUUCUCAAUAUUAUGAACUGUUGCACGAGAAUCCAACAUAUAAAAUGUCAGAUAUGCUCAAAGACAAACCAUUCAUGGCAUUGUCGGCCACUGACAAAGCUGCCAUAUUAGCUUUUAUUUGUAACGAGUUGCUUCAGAAUAAAGCAGUUAUUAGACAAAUUGAAGUGUCUCUUGAAACUGUAGUACAACAAAGAAAAGAGAAGUGGCUUCUGGACACUAAAAUUAGAAAGUUGAAGAUGUUGCACAGUCGUAAGGUCAGGUCGGAAGCUAUGGAAAAAGCACAAAAGGCAGAUGGAGAAGAGGGCGUAGAUUCUCCUUCAUUGCAUAAAGAUGAUCUCCUAGAUGAAGAUGAGAACGACAUGAGCGAAAAUGAAAGUGUUGGUACACAGCCUGAAGAGGUAAUCUUGGAGGAGGAUAACAAAUUGUCUGGUGAGGAGCUUGGAAAGAAGCUGGAGAAGUUCGUCAAGAGUUCUGAAUCCCAGUUGCACGCACUAAAUGUCGCAACACAUCAGUUACGGGCCACAUGUUAUGGUCAAGAUCGCUAUUGGCGCCGGUACUGGUCAAUGCCCAAAGCGGGUGGGAUAUUUGUAGAAGCGAUUGAGUCUGCCGACUAUGCCGAAUUCGAAAAUCAAUUUAAAUCUGACAGUGAUAUUGCUCCAGUUCCAAUUCAUAGCUUGAGUGAUGUUAAUAAUAUCGUUGACAGUGUUGAAAAAAUCAAUGACACUGAAGUAGAUCAAGAGGUAAGUAACAUCGUGGCAGCCAAUGGCGACGGACUUCAAUCGUCCGAUGUUAAAAUGACCGAUGACAACGAGAACGAGCACAGAAAAACACCUAACCGAUUAAACACUCUUGGAAAUGGUGAGUUGCCGGACAAUGGCGAAAAGAAUUUGGUACAACUGCAGAAAAGCGUGGAUGACAUUGUACAAAACCUCGAACGUAAUAUCGAUCUGGAAAAACAGAAGGAAUCUCAAGACAAUAAUUUGAAUAACCAUGUCGAGGUGAAAACCGACGCCAUGGACAACGAACCGAUUGGAAGUAAGAAGUUUAAUCUCUUCGAACGAUUGGGUCAGUGUAUGGAGCGUGAGAACAAAACCGAAGAAGAUCUGAAAGCCGACGUCAAAGCCGAAGUCAAAGAGGAGCUGAAAAAUGAAAUUCUUAACGAACUCAAAUCAGAAAUUAAAACUGAAUUAAAAACAGAAGUUAAGCAGGAAGUUGAGGAGGAAAAGAUUGAUCCUGAACAUAAGUGGUUCAGUAUUGUGCACAAAGACGGAUCCACUUGUGAAGGUGUUCAAUUAACUGCCGGAAACAAAUGGGAAAACGGUGUUGGAGCAUGCACUAGAGACAACAUAACGGAAUUAAAGAUACCCGUCUUCCCGCCACCUGGCUCUAACUCGUCAGCAACCUACAACUCGUGUGAUAGUCCAGCACCUUUACAGAUGACCCCUGAGGAAAGCGUUCAACUUGAGCUCAUAAAGAAGCAUGGUAUGCCAGCAUCAUGUACACGGAUGCCCGUCCCGAAGGACAAGAGAUAUGGCUGGUGGCGCAUCACCGAAGUCGAUCAGCUCAGGGAAGUGUUGGACAACUUGCAUAUGAGAGGCGUUCGUGAACGUGAACUUAAGCGAAACUUCGUCAACAUCAUGCAAACUAUGUAUGAAAAUCAAGGACGUUUGCAUAUUGAAGAAGGCUCCAAAGAACUGAGCGAGUUCAUUGCAGAACAAAUGGACGAUGUCGACUAUGUUGAAGAUGCUCCACGUCCGGAUCCUCCAGGUUCUUGGAACCAAUCGAUUGCUCAUCGUGUGGAUCUCUUCCUUUUGGAACAGGUUGAAGCACUUGAGGAUAAAGUCGCUAGUGCCAGCAUGCAAGUAAAAGGGUGGAAAUUGCCUAGUAGAGAUCUUCCCGAGAUUGCAUUCGGUGAGGUAGUUAAACUUGUAAAGGAGAGACUGAGCUCUCUAGAACAGAACAUUGAAAGGCGUUAUUUAAAACCUCCAUUGGGAGUAAACACUGGCGACCCGAACCUUGCCGCCCUAGCGCACGAAGCCGCCUCCGGAAGUGGUGGCGGUUCGUCAGGGGGUGGAAACUGUGGUUCCGGGAGCUCUCUUCAGUCCGGCUCUUCGGCUUCGAGCUCCUCUGGCGGCGGUGGCGGCAACGCGCCUGCCUCAGAAGACAUUCCCAAGGGACUGAUGGUGUGGCGCGAGGCUGUUAAUCGCUCUCAGACAUCGGCACAGUUGGCCAUGUGCUUGUAUUCUCUCGAGGCAUCGAUAGCUUGGGAUAAGAGCAUCAUGAAAGCUGUGAGCCUCCCCAAUGUUGUCUUUAAUAAACAGAAAGCCCGCAAAUAUAACAGCAAGCUGAGUAACUGCCAAUUUUGUCAUAGUGGUGAUAAUGAAGAUAAACUUCUUCUUUGUGAUAGUUGCGAUAGAGGAUAUCAUACGUACUGUUUCAAACCAAAAAUGGAAAACAUUCCUGAUGGAGACUGGUAUUGUCACGAGUGCAUGAACAAAGCAACUGGCGAUAGAAAUUGUAUAGUCUGCGGAAAGAAAGUGUCCCAGUCAGGCACAAAAUUGAUCUUGUGUGAACUAUGCCCGCGGGCCUACCACACUGACUGCAUUCAGCCAACACUCAACAAAGUUCCCCGUGGCAAAUGGUACUGCAACAACUGCAUAUCGAAAAAACCACAGAAGAAAACAGUGAAGAAAAAUCAUAAAAUCAGCAGGGAGAGUGAGUCCUCGGAACACCCUCCAUCUAGUCCGGCUCCUUCUCACAGCUCGGUCACAACGAAUGAGGACCAGUCACUGACCUUAAAUAGCGGAGGGGCACCACCAAACGACACACCAUCGGCUUCCGCAUGCUCAUCAAAUAGUGCCGCUGCUUGUGCGACUCCCAAUGUCAGUGGUUCACCUACUUCUUCCACAACUGGUGCACUACAACCUCAAGGCGCAAGCUCUGCAUCAAAGAAGGAUCAGCAUCGCGCAAACAAGAAGCUAAUGAAGGAACUAGCACCUUGCCGCGCAAUUUUGGAAGACUUGGAGUGCCAUGACGACGCAUGGCCGUUCCUCCUGCCCGUAAACACCAAACAGUUUCCCACCUAUAAGAAAAUUAUUAAGAUCCCAAUGGAUCUGUCCACCAUCAAGAAACGUCUCCAAGAUAUGCAAUACAAAUCCAGAGAAGAGUUUUGCGCAGAUGUGAGGCAAAUAUUUAAUAAUUGCGAAACUUUCAACGAAGACGACAGUCCAGUUGGAAAGGCUGGCCACUGCAUGAGGCAAUUCUUUGAGGCACGCUGGAAUGAACUAUGCAUUAAUCAUAGUUGAGGUCUGCUGUUGACUAGGAGACCAUACAAAAAACGUGUGAAGUUCCAAGAAGACACCAUAUAAACAUUCAGUGACACGUUGCGCCAUCAGUAUCGGUUCAGUUCUACAUGGGAAAGUGUUGUGAGUUAAGGAGCUGCUUUUUAUCUAGACUGAUUUUAUGGGACUUAAAAUGUUUAGAGCACUAAAUAUAAUUAAUAAACUUGAACAAUACAGGUAUUUUCCCAGUGUGUGAUAUACUGACAUUAAUAAUGUAUACUUGAGCUUUUUGUUAUGUUGAUUAGAAGGGAAGAAUAAGAGUAAUGAAGCAACCUUUUAUAUAUAUAUAUAAUGCUUUUUGAAAGGCUUCUCUAUACUGGUGGAUUGAUAACAAAUUCUGCAGAGAGUAAAGUCAUUUAAAUCCUUUUUAAAUAAAAUAUCGAAUUUAUUAGCCUUGGAAAUUAAUUUAUGGGAAUUUAUUAUAAAAUAAAUAAAUAAAUAAAAAAGAAUGAAUGAAGUUGAAAUUUUUACAGACUUAGUUGAAAGUAAAAUUAUUUUACUGACUGAUAAAUGAAGCAAUUUAAUUAAAAUGUUUUGAUUGUGAUGUUUUAAUUUUGAGUUUUAUUGUUCACUUGUAAAGCAUCAAAUAAAUUUUAAAAGUGGACUUUACUUAAUGUUUUUUAUGGUAUUAAUCCCAUGUGACUGUAAUUGUGAAUAAAUGAAAUUUUGAACGUCUUUGAAAUUUUCAGUGGGAUAUAUUGUGAAAUCUUUGCGUCUAUAUGUAUAAAAUUAACAUGUAAAAGGUUUUGACAUUACUAUUUGGUUGUUUAACUGAAGAUAAAGUCUGUCAAAUUUAUACAUCACUUAAAUAUGCCGACUUAAAAAUUAAAUGUGAUUUUUUACGUUUCUUGAUUUGUAUUAAAGUUUGUAUUUUUGAUAAGUAUGUACUUUACUUUUAUAUUAUUUAAACUAUUUAUUUAGGUUAGAUAAGCUUGUGUUAAUAAAAUUGCUUUCUACAAUGUAUUUAUUUUGAGUUUUUGUUUUCUUGUUUGUCAUUCCAAAUUUAUAUUUAUUUUCUUUUCACCUAAUAUAUUUGUAUAAAUUGUAAAAAUUCUCAUCAUCACAUCGCUCAACCUAAAUUUAAAAAAUAUACUUGUCUCUUUAGGCUAUGAUGAAAAUGUUUUUAUGUAAGCUGAACAUAGUUCCCAACAACUAAAAAGAUGUAUUAAAUAAUGAAUGUGUUUUGGUAGACUAGUUCUUUGCAAUACUAUUUGCAAUUUAGAACUAGAUUAUGUAUUUGAGUGUAAGAUAUUUAUAAUAAUUAUAUUUACUUAUAAAUGUCAA